AUGUCACAAGGUGGCAGAGAUAACGGCGAAGCCUUCCCCGCCGCCUCUGCCUCGUCCCAUCGAGCCUUCUGGCCAAGAUCCAUCGAGCUAUCAAGCGGCUUCGGGAAGCUCUUCAACGACCCAGCCGACCACUCUCCUAGUCUCCGUAGUCGCCGUGAUUCUCGCAACGUAGCCAAUGGAGAGAGCCGUCUUGGCUCGAGUAGAGUCCAGAUUCAGUUCGAUUACCAACUUGACAUGUUUGCUCGUUAUGCGUGGAAAUUGUCAGGAUUCGAGGGUUGUUUGCUUCCUUUGCUGGGCUGGCUUGCGUGGUUGUUUGUUACCAAAUAUUUGUUGGUGGCUGCGAACCCGGCAAUCUGGAUUUUCGACCAGGGUACCCCGUGUUUGCGCCGCAGUGUACCAGACGAGAUGGGAGCCCCCAAGUGA